GCCCCUUGUACCUCUUCUGGCGAUACCGCGCGGGACAGAUUAGCUGCCUCACACCCGUGGCACGCCUUACAGCCUCGCCAGGUCCCCGUCCCGCCACGGCCUCGUGCGCCCGGCUGCCUGGCCCCCAGGAUGCUGUCCACCCUGAGCGACCUGGUGUGGCAUGAGAGGAUCUGGCUACCACCCAACUGGACAUGGGCGGACAUGGUGGACCGGGAAGGCAUGGUCGUGGCCCACCCCAGCGACUUGCUGCUGGUCCUGCCUCUAGCACUGGUGAUGGUGACCGCCCGCCUUGCCUUCAACAGAUUCAUAGGCGUACCCUUCUGCCAUUGGAUGGGUAUGCGGGAUCCAGUCAAGAAGCAGGUGAAGCCCAACCCCACGCUGGAGAAAUACUUCCAGAAAAGACCAAAACCUGAGGAGGCCCAGCUGGCCCUCCUGGCUGCCCAGUGUGGCCUCACGCUGAGACAGACUCAACACUGGUUCCGGAGACGCCGGAACCAGGAUUGGCCGCGCAUGUCCAAGAAGUUCUGUGAAGCCAGCUGGAGGUGUCUCUUCUACUUCUGCACUUCCGUCAGUGGCACCUUGGUCCUCUACUCCGAGCCGUGGUUGUGGGACAUUGUACAGUGCUGGAAACAUUACCCCUACCAGAACCUAAAGCCAAGCCUGGCCUGGUGGUACAUCUUGGAGCUAAGUUUCUACAGCUCACUACUCCUCUCGCUACCCUUUGACAUCAAGCGCAAGGAUUUCAAGGAGCAGGUGAUGCACCACGUCGUGACUAUUUUCCUGAUCACCUUCUCCUACGGCGCGAAUCUGGUGCGCAUCGGGUCUCUGAUGUUGCUGUUGCACGACUUGGGCGACUGCUUGCUGGAGAUUUGCAAGAUGUUCAACUACAUGCGCUUCUCCCGGACGUGCGACGCCCUCUUCCUCGUCUUCGCCUUGGUCUUCUUCUACACGCGCCUCAUCCUGAUGCCCACCAAGAUCAUCUACACCUCAUACUACCACUCCAUCCAGGAGUUCAGCCCCUUCGUGGGUUAUUACUUCUUCCUUGUGCUCCUGGUGUCGCUCAACCUGCUGCACGUGUACUGGUUCAGCCUCAUCCUGCGCAUGCUCUACAACUACCUGUGGAAGGGUCAGAUGACGAAGGACAUUCGCAGUGAUACCGAAGAAUACAGUUCCAGCGAUGAGGAUGAGGACCAGGCGGCUCCUGAAUGUCCCCAGCUGCACAAUGGGGUGUCUCAAGGGCUGGGGCUGGCCCCGGCUGGUGGCCCCCGGAGCCGGACACCAGGGCAGCAAGCCAAUGGGCACACAACCAUGUAGCCAGUGGGGGCUGGCUUCGGGGGUGGCUGGCUGGGCAGCACCGGACCUACUCUGGGGAUACAGGGAAGCCCCGCCACAGCAGUCAAGGGGGUGAUGAUCUGUACCCAGACCCUUUCUUCUGCACAACGACAGGACUCUGGGGACCAUCUGGAGCCAUUCCCAGGGCUGCAGUGAGCCCUGGCUGAGAGGGGAUCAGAAGGCCCCGUGCAUGCCUGCAUCCUGGCACUCAGGAGGCUGAGGCGGGAGAAGUGCCCCGCAUUCAAGUGCAAGUCCAGCCUGGAGUACACAGCAAGCCUCUGUCUCACAAACAACAAAAAACAGGGCUUCAAUAAAACCUGAACUGAAUUCUC